UCGCUCCGUUUCCUGCACACAAACAAAACUUUCCUGCCUUCCUGGGCAAUAUUGGGCUCCCCUGUGCUUUGACAACCUGGAAUAUUGGAUUCCCUCACUAUUUCUGAGGAAGAGAAAAACUAAAAGUAUAUAUUGGCAGGAUGUACAGCUUCAUGGGAGGAGGGUUAUUCUGCGCUGGAAUUGGGAACAUACUCCUCAUUGUUUCUACAGCAACGGAUUACUGGAUGCAGUACCGCCACUCCAGUAACUACAUGCACCAGGGCCUGUGGCGGUACUGUGUGCCUGGAAAAUGUAUGACGCACACAGACAGCAUCGCGUAUUGGGAUGCCACCCGGGCCUUCAUGAUUCUUUCCCUCCUGGCUUGUUUCAUUGGUAUCGUGAUUGGCAUCAUGGCCUUUAUCCACUACUCCUCCUUCGAUGGGUUUGACAAGACAUUUGCAGCUGGGAUCCUCUUCUUCAUCUCUUGCUUCUUUGUGCUGCUGGCAAUGGCCGUCUACACCGGGGUGACAGUGAAUUACUAUGGGAAACGCUAUGGCAGCUGGCGAUUCUCCUGGUCCUAUAUAAUGGGUUGGGUGGCGGUGGUGCUCACCUUCUUCUCAGGUAUCUUCUACAUGUGUGCCUACCGGAUGCAUGAAUGCCCAAGAAACUCUAACCCACGCUGAAACGCUUACUACUACAGCCACUCAUACCUCUACCAAUACAUGGCUAAGAUCAACGAAUGCAGAUGGCCAUUUUUCCAACAACAUACUGUUAAUCAGUACAAUCAAUAAGAAGCUAAAUAAAUGUGAA